GAGAUUGGGGGCGCUGUUGCACCCUUUUGGUAGAAGUAAGGAGACCCGUUUCCAGUGACAGAGCAGAGAGACGGAGCAACAGCAGCAGCAUUUUACAGAUAGAGAGACGACAUGAGCGACACAAUUCGACUUCUAGUUCUAACAUCACGUUAAACUUAUCAAACGAGAUAAUGAAGAAAACCAUAUUCUUCCCAGGAAAGAUGAGAGUGUCUUUCAGGAAGGGUCCAUCUGGCCACCUGAGACAUGACCCUUCAGAGGAGGGUAUGAUAAUUUAAAAAAAUCCUUCCCUUCAGGACAAGUCUGCCGCUCAGAAGCAUGAGCAUGUGAGGACAAAUGCUCUCACUGAGGUCCUUCAGAGGGGAGGGGAUGUAUCCGACCGACUCGAGGUGAUGGGGGAGUACGUGCUACAGUUCGGAAAAUAUAAGGGGAAACUGUACAGGUGGCUCCUAGAGAAUGACGUCGGCUACACCCUCUACCUGAUGGACAAGGUGGACGAGGAGGAGAGAGGUGGGACCUUCAACCCCCAAGGGCCUAGCAAGGACAGCCUGCUGUCGUUUCUGGACUACGCCAGGAGCUUCCAGGAAAUUAAGGAUCUGAGGAAGUACCUGUGCUCCAGGAAGCCUGCCCCACCAGUGGCGUCAGAGGGGGAACAUACUGUCGGCUUUGGAGCCAGGGCCAAAGACACCUGGAAGCAGAUCUGGGAUAGCAGGUCUGAUGGUUAUGCUGCCUUUGUUUUAGGAGUGAAGUGCAUCACUAACAGCAAGAUGUACAACCUUCAGCAGUAUAUCCUCAAGCAGCAGAGGGCUGAGUCCUGUCCACCACCUGCUGAAGGCUGCAUUGCAUCAGCUACCUCCACUCUGACAUCCAGCACUCCAGUGAUGGAGGAGGACGAGGAGCUGGAGAGGGCGAUGUUGAAUCUGUCUCCUUCACAACUCUACACUGAACGAAGGCCACCAGCAGCAGUCUCCAGAGCCCCGGCUGUGUCUACACCAACAGGAAUUAACAUGUCAGCAAUGAUGUCCAACUGCCACUGUGUCCAGACCCGAUGGACCUGCUCCUCUGAAAGCCACAGUGAAGGCACCGCUGCCGGUCCCUCCUCAGCUGCUCGCCAUUGCCCCAAAGCUCGGGAUAGAAGUGCAGCCGCCAAAUGUGUUGAGACAAAAUUCAUCACCACAUAAUAUGGCCCCUGUGGAAGCGCAGGGAGACACUGUCCUCGAUGAAGCUCUGACUUGCCCAGCGCCUCCUGUUCCCUUAGCUCUGACUUGCCCAGGGAAGUACAUCUACUGCCCCUCCAGAGUCUUCUCCUUAUAUAAUGCACAGGGCAUGGAGAAGGAGAUGACGUGGCCGGAGUUCCAGCAGUCGGACUUCUAUGAUGAUGAAAGGGACAGAUGUAUUGCAGACAAAAGGAAGCCCUAACCUACCCUCACAUACUCACAUGCACACACCACUUCCUGGGUCUACUAAGUUGCAUACUAACUAAGACGUUUUGCCUGCUACAAAAACGAGACCCCUAUCAGCCUUUUCACCAGUCCUGACAAUCCUGCCAAUAACAAAACAGUUUUGGUUAAUGCCCUCAAAAAACUCAAUUCAUAAUAAUACAAGAGCAUGAGGUGAAAAACAUUUCAGAUAAUGGAUGGUGGUGAGAUCAAAUAAAUCUAUAACAAAACAAUACUCUAUCUUCUGCUAAAUUAUAAUAUUAUAUUAAAUAUGAAGGUGCAAUACAACAUAUCAUAUAGUCCAAAAAUACAAAGAAUAUAAUAUGGUUCAAUCCUUUUUUCAGGAUCUGAUUGUUCUCUCUGUAUUGUGUUUUCAGUGUUUUUUAUAUAUUAAGUUCUAUUUGUAUUAUUUCCUAUAUUUGAUUCAGCUGUUUUUGAAUAAAUGAUCUUGAAUGCAUCACUGGCUGUCUUU